AUGGAAGCUUCUGCUGCGUCUCCUUUAGCUCAAAAUAGCUCAUUCUAUUCACCAGAUAAAGAAGAAUCUCUCAAUGCGCUUUCGACACCAAUUGCGCUGCAUUUGGACCCUCAGGAGCAUCAUAAACGCAGUCACAAACAUGUGACCAAUGCUUCGUCGCUUUCGGAGGCUAUAGGGUCUAAUCUAUUGAUGCAAUUGAUCCCUAUUCAAUGGUAUGGACAUGCAUGCAAGAAAGGUGAUUGGCUGCCGCAUUGGGACGACGUGUAUCUAAGUUUGGACGGCGUGAUGUUGCGUAUUUUCGAGUCGAGAGGACGAUUUUUGGAGGCACAGGAGCUGGAUCAACAGCUAAAGAAGGACCAGAGCGUCAAGUCUGUUAUAUUCGACAAGAAAUACAAGUCUUAUACAGUGAAAGCCGUGGACAAGGAGAAUGUCGGACGUUCUCAUGGCUUUCAUGUCAAGACAAAGGAGAAGAAAAAACCGCUGCAUUUCGUGGUGAAUAGUGAGCUGGAGAGAGUGUUGUGGAUCCAUUUGAUAAGUGCUGUGGUGAGACAAGUGCACAAAGUGCUGCCAAAUGCGGAGAAAAGACUGAAAGCAGCAGGCUUAGAAGUUGACACCUCUUUGAGGAAGACACUGACGUUUGCACCAUUGUCCACAAAAAGCAGAGCUAGAAUACAGGCUUUGACGUUGCUGGGAACAUCCGUGAGUGUAGACUUGACUAUAUUCUACGAUACAUGGGGAUGUAUUCAAGCGCGAAAAGGCAACUUUGCAUUACUCAUGCCGAGUCUCCACCCGAACAUCACGCUAACGUCGAAUUAUCCUCCAACCGUUCCUAUUGCAGGAGAAUAUCACGGGCUUUCAGGAAUCUUGGCUUUCUUUUCGAAUUUUCAUGGCUCAAUAAACGUGUCUCACUAUGAUGUUGAACAUGUAGCACGAGAGAGAGAUCUGGCAGUGGUCUCUGGUCGCGAGACUAUUCGGAGUGCAGCGAGUGGAAGACGAUUUCGACAUGUGUGGAAACACGAACUGCGGUUUGAAGCUGAUGGUCGUAUUAGCCACAUUAAUAUUCUAGCGGACAAGACUGCAGCAGCUGUAGCAUUUGCCAAUGGCGGGGGAAGUGGAGCACGUCGGGGCUCCGGUGAGGCGACUGGACUGUCGCUGGCUGCGCUCCCGCGUGAGCGCGAACAACAAGCUAGUACUUGUCCUCCAGGUGAGAUUCGUGUAGUGUGUAUAUCUGGCAAGAAAUUCCAAAAACGAAAACCUACAACUGGUGGAAGUAGUGGAUAUAAGGUGAUUAUCGGUCUGAACGAGUUUCCGCAUGUCACGACAAAGGUUUCUGGUCCUAUUCGCACUAGCAGAAGUAGUAGCAGGGAUGCGAUCACGACGAAUGCAGAUGGUCUGAGUCGCGUUGGCUCGUGGAAAUCGUACUCGACUCGUGUUGUAAAAAGCAUUGGAGAAAAAGGACCGUUUUGGGCCGAGACACUGCACCUUGAGUUCUCUGGGGCUGUGCCUGGUUCAACAGCCAUUUUAUGCAUCGACGUCUGGAGUCUUGGUGUUAUUGGCGAUGAACUUAUUGGUUGCGCAAAAGUAAACUUGGCGGAAUAUUUGCACUCAUCGGAGGGGACAGAAGAGGAAAUUGCAUCAGUGGCUAUACCGAAGUGGUUUGACAUCUACAGAGCAGAGAGCUUCGAAAAAGGUGCACGAGAAGACAAUGAAAGCUGUGGUCGUCUAGAGCUUAGCAUCAGCUUUGCCCCCUAUUCGGACGAUUUAAUGGGUAGAAACGACGACGUAAGCACGAGUGAGGAUGGAGAAGAAUCUGAUGUAUCGUCUGGUGGAAGUUCUCUGGUCCAAGGCGGUCGAUCACCAAGGUAUCGCAAAAGUUUUGACAGGCUACAGAAGCUACACAAGGAGACUGGUCAGAAUCAGCGAGUUUCUGAGCGCUACUCGCUUGCAGGAAGCGAUAUAGCUGGUGGAUGUGAGCUGGAAACUAAGGAUAAGGUAAUAUUAUCGGAAGACGCAGAUAUGUACUCAUUUACAGUGGCUUCUACCAAGUUCCGCGUGCACAGGCGAUAUCAGCUUAUUCGUGCGAUAGGCCAUGGCGCAUACGGAGUAGUGAUCGCAGCAAGUGACCAAAUUACUGGAAAUUCGGUGGCAAUCAAGAAUGUACCGCGUACCUUCGAUGAUCUCGUCGACGCAAAGCGCAUUGUGCGUGAAAUUCGGCUGAUGAGACAUUUGUGCCAUCCGCAUGUGAUAUCGUUACUAGAUGUCAUGCGUCCCCGAUCGCUUGCUCAUUUUGAGGAUACGUACAUUAUUACAGACCUCAUGGAGACUGAUCUACACCGAGUUAUAAACUCGCCCGAAGCUUUAUCGAGCGAUCAUGUAGCAUUCAUCACGUAUCAGAUGCUGUGCGGAUUGCGCUACGUCCACUCGGCACAUAUUAUCCACCGCGACGUCAAACCGUCAAACGUUUUGAUCAACCGCGAUUGCUUAGUCAAGCUGUGCGAUUUCGGGCUCGCACGAGGCAUUGACAUCCGCAACGUCACGCCACGCAAUGUCGAUGGGAGUAGCACGCCAAGCAGUCAAGACGGGGAGCCUACUCUAGACGAAGCUUUGACGGAAUACGUGGUGACCCGUUGGUAUCGAGCGCCUGAGCUUCUACUCGCAAGUCGAUACUCUACAGCAAUUGAUCUAUGGGCUGUAGGCUGUAUCCUUGCUGAGAUGUUCACGCGCAAAGCGCUCUUUCCGGGUCACGAUCACGUGCACCAACUGCAUUUGAUCCUGCAACUCGUGGGAAGUCCACCGGCAGAUGAUAUGGGUUUCGUCACCAAUUUGAAGGCUAAGCGGUGGAUGGCGCGUCAACAGCAGCAGGAGGCCAAGCCGCUACAUUUGAUUUGUCCUAAUGCCCCAAUCGAAGCACUGGACCUCAUGCAAAAACUGUUACAGUUUGACCCUCGCAAGCGAAUCUCAGUGGACGAUGCUAUCGCACAUCCAUUCCUUGCAUCUUGCCAUGUUGAUGGUAUGGAAAUGGGCUCGGAGACUCUAGCAGUGAGUCCUAUUGACUUUUCAUUCGAGAGGAACAACAAGGGCGACAUGGACAAGAACACCCUGCGUCGCCUUAUUUUCGAAGACGUUUGCUAUUUUCACCCAGAGGCCACUGCCGAGUUGGAGCACUUUACACAGGAGCAGGAUCGAGUAAAGCGCUUUGAGGAAGAACAGCCAAAAAUAGAGGAAACUGUUCAGGCCAAGAUUGUAGCAGGUCGGGCAGGAAAAAGCUGGACGGUCAGCGUCUAG